CAUCAUCAAAGAACAAGUAGCUAGAGAAAUGUCACUGAGACGAGUUUGUGAAAUGCAGUAUAAGAUUGCCGUCCCGCAAGAGCGAUUCUGGGAUCGUUUUGUCGACAAUGAGACUUGCUGGGCUAAUAUAAAAGUUACAGUGGAUCACCAGACGAAAACCAUGAAGCAACGGUUCGUCAAAUCUAAUUUCGUUAAAGGCUAUAAGUUGAUUGCAGCAACUACAAAAGUUAGUGACGACGAGUCCAGUGGCUUGAAUUGCAUCAUAGACAUCACUGCGGAGUACGAAAAGAGUGGCCUUGAGAUCAAAGACCUUGAAGAAGUCCAAUUCCUUGUGGGGAGUAUUAAGGAAGCGGCUUUUCUUUGCCCUGCCCGUGUUGGUGACGAUAUUCCCGUGCCAGUUCGUCUUAAAUAAUGGCACCGGCCCGUUAAAUCAAUCCAUGCCAUAAUCGAAGGAGGAUUCAUCUAGGGUCAUGUCCCAUGAAAUAAAUAAAUUGAACCCGCCCCCAAAAUAUAUAUGUGUGAGUAUUGUAUCCCAUGACUUGCUUUAUCUCUAAAUAAAGUUGUUACGUAUUAUUAUA